AUGUCAAAAGAUCAAUUCAAGGGCUCUAAUUCUACCGGACCCAAAGUUUACCAACCCAAUAAUCAACUUGUUGUGGUUGUUUCGAAAGCUUAUGACCUUCCAAAUAGAAGAAAGCUAGACAAACAAUCGCCGUAUUGCGUCGCUCGUAUACAAGAUCAAGUUCAAAAAACCAAGGUCAUUCCACGUGGAGGACAGAGUCCACAAUUUGAUGAUGAGUUAUGGUUUUCACUUGAUGGAGUCGAAGAUACCAUUUUGACGUUCUUUGUGUAUCACCAACUGAAAAAAGAUUCGGAACUAGUCUGCAAGGCUGAAAUCGAUUUCACGCCUGCAUUGAGAAGAUCUUCUAAAGAAGGUUAUGAUAAUUGGUUCCCACUCUCGUAUAAAGGGAAGCCUGCAGGAAGAAUAUUCUUAGAAAUGACUUAUUAUUCGUCUUCGACCAUUGUGCCUGCUCACAUUGGUUUAGUCACCGAACACAAAAACACUAAUGAUAAAGAUUUAGGGUACCCUUUCACUGCAAAAAGCGAACCAGAGAAUGAGGAUCGUUUCGGAGCAGAGAAAGAAAUCCAUGGUAGCCGCAUUGGUACUGAGCAAGAUAGAACGACAACAGCAUGUCCCUCUUUGAAUGAUGGAGAGAAAGAGACAUCAUUAGACCAAGCUGGAUUUCUCAAAUUUUUUUCUAAUGGAUGGAAACUUCCCUAUAACCUGAAUUGGCAAUCAAACAGAACUGCGACAGAGAAGACACCAGGAGAGCGAGCACAAUUAGAUACUGCACCGAAACACAAACUUUUUGAAGAUUCAAGUGAUGACGAUUCAAUUCGUUCAAAAGAAUCCCUGGAUUCCAACUUACACGGGACACCCAUUUCCAAUCCAUUCCAAGUUGGUAAGAACUUUUUCUCGAACAUAAUCUUUAACUACGAUAACGACGAUCACGCAGCUUCACUCCCGCAUGAACCUGAAAAUACCUCACCCAAGGUUGAAUAUAGUUUCGGUUCGCACAAGAAAACAUCAAAUAAAUUUAGCCCAUCAAAUGCUUUGGAUCAAAAUGAUGAUUCUCCACCACCAAGCCCCCCUUCCCAUAGAAUACCGCUUAUGGCCGUUAACCCGUCAAAAGAAAAAGCAUUUCAAACACUGGCUGCAGCCCGUUUCUCUUCUGAAAAUUUGAACUUUUCUGACACCAUGACUCCAGAUGUUUUAAACAAGAAAUCGAACGCUCUGUCAUAUUCUCAAAUCAGGAAGCUGCACCGAAAAAAAGGUGGCGUUUAA